CCGCCGCCGCAGAGCAGCGGAGGGAAGUGGGGGGCCAUGGCUAUCGCGCACCUCGCCACCGAGUACGUCUUCUCCGACUUCCUGCUGAAGGAGCCGGCCGAGAGCCGCUACAAGGGGCUGCGGCUGGAGCUGGCGCUGGACAAGAUCGUGACGUGCAUCGCCGUGGGGCUGCCGCUGCUGCUCAUCUCGCUCGCCUUCGCGCAGGAGAUCUCCAUCGGGACUCAGAUAAGCUGUUUUGCACCCAGCUCGUUUUCUUGGCGCCAGGCCGCUUAUGUGGACUCCUACUGCUGGGCAGCUGUGCAGCAAAGGCAGGAGGGCACAGGAAACCUUCCACUGUGGCUCCACAAAUUUUUUCCCUAUAUCUUGCUGCUAGUUGCCAUUCUGUUGUAUCUACCAUGCCUGUUCUGGCGCUUCACCGCAGCACCCCACCUUUCUUCAGACCUGAAAUUUAUUAUGGAAGAACUUGACAAGGCCUACAACAGAGCAAUCAAAGCAGCCAACAGUUUUCAUAGCACAGACACCAGAGACCCUGCUUGCUCCAUUCCUACUGUUAAUGAGAAUCUAACACAGAGUUUGUGGGAGAUAUCUGAAUGCCACUUCAAAUACCCCAUUGUAGAACAAUACCUGAAGACAAAGAAAACCUCCAAACACUUAAUAAUCAAAUACAUUAUUUGCCGUUUACUUACACUAACAAUUAUCCUACUUGCAUGCUUCUACCUAGGCUAUUAUAUCAGCCUCUCUUCUGUGACUGAUGAGUUUCUCUGCACUAUCAAAACCGGAAUCUUAAAGAAUGACUCAGUAGUUCCAGAGGUGGUUCAAUGUAAGCUUAUUGCUGUUGGUGUCUUCCAGCUACUCAGUUACAUUAACUUAAUUGUGUACCUUUUGGUGAUGCCCCUUGUAAUGUAUGCAAUGCUCGUUCCAUUCAGACACAGCUCAGAUGUUCUUAAAGUGUAUGAAAUUCUGCCAACAUUUGAUGUUCUGAAGCUCAAGUCAAAUCAUUAUGAUGACUUGAGCCUUUACCUCCUCUUUCUUGAGGAAAACGUAAGUGAACUUAAAUCAUACAAGUGCCUCAAAGUGCUAGCAAACAUUACAGGUACUGAUAAGUUCGACAUCAUGCACCUUUUGACAAAUCUGGGUACGAUUAAAACAGAUACAGUAGAUGGAAAGCCAGGAGCUGUACAAGAAAAACCUGAAGAGGAAAUUGUAGCAGAUCCAGAAAACAAUGGAACUGAGUUAGAAGUUUUGACAGAAGGGGUCUCCAGCAGCAAUGGAAGAACAAGCGAAGAUAAAAACAUUCGCCAAAGACUCUAACAUCUUACUGAUCACUCCAUCACAUUGCAGUGGUGCAGUACAAGAGGACUUAUAAGCCAUCUGAAACACAAGGUACUGCUCCCAUGGCGAGCAGUUCAUCCUGUUCUUCACUGGUAAAGCUAAGACAGUCUGCAGACUAUGUACAUACCGCACAGUUGAAUCCAUGCUGCAAAAGGCAUGGUCCAGAAUUUAAAUAUUUAUAAAACACUUUGCUUUUCAAUUAUUCGUAUUGGGCAUCCAGUGGGCAUUCAUGCAGAAUGGAUUACCAAAAGCAGCAACUGAAGCUAGAGCCAUGAACAAGCUAGAAAUGUUCUUAUGGGGAUGAAGAAUUUAGCUAUGUAGAGUAUAGAUACUAGAAAAUGGGAUGGGCAGAUUCCCUUCAGAAGCAUCUUAACCAUAACAGAUGUAACUGAAUGCUGGAAGUGCUGAACACUGAGGCUUACUGUUUGGAUUCCAGUUAUGCGCUUCUUAAUAAUUUAUCUAAAGCUGAAACAUCCCAUUCAUGUUGAUGGUACCAAAGGCGAUUGCCAUGACAGAGCUGUAUUUCUAUUAAAUGUAGUCUUGGUUCCUUUUUCUCAUAAAGUUAAUGUGUGUUAAGUAUAAGGGCUGCAGAAGUUUGAUCUAUAAUUUUCUCAUUUCUCAACUGGUUUGCUUUUAGUUCCUUUCCUAGUCCCCUCUGGAAAACUAAGUUGUUGAACAAAAGUUAAUUCUUUUACAGAAUUUCUGUAAUUAUCCUGUCUGUAAGGAAGCUGCAUUUUAAAUAGGCUGUUUUAUUUGGUAUCAAACACAGUAUAAAUUGCAUAUAUUCCAAAACAUGCCUUGCAAGAAAUGGAAGCAUGAUGUUAUAUAGAAGCAUGAGCUACAUGUGUUAACGUAGCUCAGCCAUGUUAGGAACUAAGCGUGGAUGGCAGGCUAAAAAUACUCAGCAAGGCAAUACCCUACACCCCACUUCGCAAUUCUAAUUAAACUUAAGAUGUAACGACUGGCUGAGACAAUAAUAUGAAGACACUUUUGCUGCAAAUGCAUUGUUCUGCUGAUGUUUUUGUUAUGUCACAAAGAGAUUGCCAUAGCUUGUUCCUGGAACGUUUUGAGGAGGGCUACAUUCAGUUUAGUAAUUAUCUUGCGGAAGGGAUAUCCUGUCAGAAUCUCAGCAUUUCUUACAAAUGUCAUAUUGAGAUUAAGUGAAACUCUUCAGCUGUAGAGGCCCACGCAUAUUUUAAUCACCAAAAUGGCAGUGUGCAUCGCUUUCAGAAAGUUUAUACACAUGCUGACUUCAACACUCUAUCUGGCCUGAGUUAUCUUUUAGCCACUUUUGCUAAAAUACACUUUAAAACAUUUUAAAUAAUGGAAAUCAAUGCUUCGUAGUAGCUCAAUAAGCAUUUGUUUGCCUGUUUAGAUUGCUUACUGGGGCUUUUAAUGUUUGCAUUAUCAUUAUUACAAAAUGGACUGUCAGGAAUGGGAAAGCAAAAGAAGAAUCAGUGUUGAGGCUUUUUCUCAGAAUUAUUAUUGACUGUAAGGUAGCAGUGUAUUGGAUCACAGUUUAUGGUGAUACUACAAAUCAGAGCGCCCAAUUUAACUCCUACAGCUGUUGUUAAAUAAUUUCAGACUGUUGUGGCUUAGGGAGCAACUUUUAUUCUCUGGUUUAAAACAACUUGAACCUGCUGGCUUUUAACCCAUUCUUAGGAACUGAUCUAGACCAUUAGAGAAAAGCAACCUUAUCCUCAUUAGACCUUUUUUCUUAUGAGCUUGUACAACAGGGCUGUGGUCUACAAGUGGAGUCCCUCUGCACUAUCAUGAAACUGAUAAUUAAUACAAUAAGGUCUGCUUAGACCCAACUUACAGCAAGGCAAACCUUAAUGUAAAUAAAUACCUAAAACCAUAAUGCUAUAUGCUGCCUGUGAGGACACCAAGUGGCCUUAGUUCAAAUGCCAUGUUCCUUCACAAGUGAAGUGUAACACUGGGGCAUGACUACAGUCCUUACAUUCCACAAUAGCUAGUAAGCAAAGCUGCAAUGAUGGUCAUAAAAGAAAUCUUUUAUUUUAAUGAAGGCUAUUUCCAGAAUACUUAUAUCAAGAAAUAUUCCCAUAUGAUUUUGAAAUGGGUAUUUCUCACUGCUGCUGCUUACAUUGGAGUGACCUGCUCUCCUAUCUUAGAUUUUUUCUAAAUGAAAGCCUAUCAUACAAGCAGGUUGUUAACUCUGACUGCACAGAACCCUCCUUUGUAAAACCAGCUGCGCUCACCCAUCUGUCCGUUUCUUUAUAACAAAGUCCCAUGGUGUGAUCAUAAUCAAUAAUAAUCAACCUCUCUUGCUGAGAUAAGUAUGCAGAUGCUCUUUCAAAAAAGCCUUCUUUAAUAAGACUGAGUAAAGUCUGAAACCCCUCACUUUAGACUAUUCUGACUUUUUUAAAACCAUUUUUUGGUGAUUUUUAUACAGAAACAACCAUUUUGAUACUGUGUGUUUAAGUGAAACUUGUUGGGUGCCUCUUAUAUUAAGUGUGUUGUAGCCUGUUUACUUCAGAAGUGGUGAAAUGUAAAAAUCCUGUAACACAUUUGAAUUGGAUGGAACAGUUAGGGUUAUUUAUUCCUUAAAACUUGAAGCUCAUAAAAGGUGUGCAUGUGUGGGGGGGGUUGUAAUAAUUUUUGUGUUAAUUGAGAACCUUUUUUAACCAUGUAAAUGUUAGUGAAGUGCAAUAGUAUAGAUUUUAUACAUGGAAAACACAUCUGCAAUAAUCCUUGCAGGUGUCUUUUUUUAAGUGAAUAGUGCAAUGCAAAAUGCAUUAGUAAUUGAAAGGGAUAUUGGAUUUCAUCAAAGUUUUGCACAGACAUGUAACUUUUUGUGAAGUCUUGGUGACAGUUCAAGAAGACCAUUAGCACGCAGUCUUAUACUAGUAAACUGCUUUGCACUGCCAGUUUAUGUUCAAAAUUUGAUUUAACCUUAAAAGUGUUUAUAAAUUAUGGAAAAUGUCACUGAAUGACAAAUAGCAGUAGGAAAACAUCCAGCACUCUGCAUGUUUAAUGCCAAAACUGGCAACUUUUAGUUGUAUAGUGCCUCCCUCCGAUUUUAAAGUCUGUUGUGCUACUUUUCCAACCAAAGAAGUAAAGUUGGGCAGUACAAGAGAUGAAUGAACUUUGUUAGAAUUUUUACCAGAUUUCUAAAGGGCAAACAGCAUAUAUGAAGGUAAGUUUGAUAAUUUAAUCCUGUUCCUCAUUAAAACUGCCACAGAAUGCGGCAGUUGUCAGCUUGGACCAGAAAUAGGAUGGCAGCUCUUGGUUGGGGUUGAUGAACAGUGGCAGAAUCAAGCAGAAGUGUGGGACGUCUCUGGGCCCAGUUCUUCACUCAUUUCCACCAGAGUUACCCCAGCACACCUCCAUCAUGUGUGAGACUGGUUUGCCUUUGGUUUAUAUUGGUGUAAUAAAAUGUCAUUCCUCUGUGUACUCUGAGUUCUCUGUGUACUCUGUGCCUUAUUAAAGCUUCUGGUAGCUCUUUACAAUUUUUUAAGCUGAUAAAACAGACUUGUAACACAUGAGAAAGUGUGUGGGGGGAGGGGGGAAAGAGGGAGAAGGUGCUCACAAAUACCCCAAACAAUGUAAAAAGUACUUGACAAUGUCCCUUUUAAAAUAAUAAAUGCCCAAGUUUGCAUUGAUCUCUUGAUGUAGUAAUGGCAUUUCUUAGUUUGUUUCUAGAUUAAGAGCCCAGACCUGAGGUCUUGUUCUUCCAUUUAACUACCCAGCAUUUAAACAUGGGCUUUAGGCAGAAGUUUGCCACCCUGCCUUAAGGACUGGCUCCUAAGCCAGUUGUCUCGUCUUUGUAUUAUGACCAUGUGGUUUUCAUCUUGAAAAACUGGAAACGUAACAGUUAAUGUACAGUUUGCUCUCUGUAGAAAUGGUAAGAUAAAAUGUAGCAGUAUAUUUGGCACUCUGUCAAUGUCAGUCCAAAUAAAAAUGUACCCUCAGAAGA